CUCGCUGCCUCAAAGUACUACCACCACCACCACCGUGUCAGCAGCCGAUGAUUCUUGUGAUCUGCUCGGUCGUGAUCCUCAGUGAGACCAUGCGCACGCUUCUUCAGGACUCCUUCGCUGUCCUGUGUCAGCAACUCGCUGACUCGCCUCUCUUCUACUCGCUGCUUCUGGUUGUUCUCUCGACCUGCUGCCUCAUUCGGGCCUCGUUGCUCCACACAUUCAACGCGACGGCGUUGCUUGUGGGUGGCAUGGGUCUCGCGUCACUUCGCCUCAACUCGGUGGGCGAAAUCGACGUGCAUUCGCUAUCCCUCGCCUCGGCGGUAUCCAUCUUUGUCGCCGUGUACGUUGUCGGGCUCGGGUGCAUUUGGUCAGUCACCCAGACCCUCCACGACAACCAAUGCGACGUCAAAAUCGACAAUCCUUCCGCAGACGUCAUCAUUGUCGGCGCCGGGACCGCGGGGUGCUCGAUGGCUGUGGGGUUGGCAAAGCAAGGUCGCAAGGUGCUUGUGAUCGAGAAAUCGUUGGAAUACCAGGACCGAUUCGUGGGCGAGCUCAUGCAACCCGGCGGUCUCGAAGCAUUGCGUUCGUUGGACUUGAUCGAGUGCGCGGAAACGUCUACGGACGUCAAGACCCUCGGGUACUCCAUCCUCCUUCCGCACUCGGACCACAUCAUGCUACCGUAUCCCGACCGCGCCCCCCACACGUUUCUCGAGUACAUGGGAUUAUCUCGCGCCGACAACGGCACCGGUAAGCAGCACGGCCGCGGGUUCCACAACGGCGCGUUCGUCCAACGCCUUCGCGCGCGCAUGCUGGCCGAGCCCAACGUGACCGUGGUCGAAGGCACGGUGAGCAAGCUGCUGUUGGAGCAACCGGCCAAGUCGAGUACGAGCGUGUGCACGGGCAUCCAAUUCCGUCGCAAAGCCCUUUCCGAUGACGUCGAGAUGCCGGUGGAAACGGCGUCGGCGCCGCUGGUGAUCGCAUCCGACGGGCUCUGGUCUGGCCUGCGCCGCGAUUUGUCCACGGACGUGCCCAAGCAGAUCUCGAGCUUCGUAGCCAUCCUCAUGACGCACCCCGCCAUGGAGGCCACGGUGCCGUUCCGCAACUUUGGCCACGUCAUCCUCGCCCACCCGUCGCCCAUCCUCAUGUACCAGAUCUCCCCCACGGAAACCCGAGUGCUCGUGGACGUCCCCGGCAAGGUCCCGUCGUCGUCCAACGGCGACCUGACCAAACACCUGCUGACGCAUGUGGCGCCGCAGAUUCCCGACGCUUCGCGCGCGGCGUUUGUCCGCGCCGUGGAAACUGGUCCGGUGAAAUCCAUGCCCAACCGCGAAUUCAUGACCACCCAACCCGCCCACAUUGGCCGCGUGGUCAUGCUCGGCGAUACAUUCAACAUGCGCCAUCCCCUCACGGGAGGCGGCAUGAGCGUGGCGCUGAAAGAUGUUGUGUUGCUCAACAACUUGCUCAAGAACGUCGACCUGUCGAGCGGCAAGGACGUUGCCGCCGUCCGCCGCGCCUUUGAACAGGACCGCGUGCAUCACUCGUCCACCGUCAACAUCCUUGCCAAUGCGCUGUACCAUAUCUUUUCCGUACCGUCCGCCGACGACGAUGACAAGCAUGUGCUGGCGGCGCGCGCCACCCUCCGAGAAUCGUGCUACGAGUACCUCAAGAUGGGCGGCGUCUUCAUGGCCGGCCCCCUCGGCCUCCUCAGCGCGCUCACUCCGAAGCCCUUCGUCUUGGCCACGCACUUCUUUAUGGUCGCCGGGUAUGCCGCCAUUCGGUGCCUCGCCCCCUUCCCGACGCCAUACCGGCUGUACCAUUGCUUCCAAGUGUUCCAUCAAGCUUGUGUUAUCAUCAUGCCGCUGCUCGAACGCGAAAAUGUGACCAUCCUCGCGUGGGCGCCGCUCCGUGCGUUGAUCAACGUGAUCUUUCCGUACCGCAAGUAGUAGUGUUGCUACUGGAGUUUCUCGUGCCUUAUCCGAGCUGGCUUACUAAACUGUAACACGUGGAUUAUCACUA